GAAGUAUAAACAUGGCGUCGUCUGUAUCGUGGAGUGUUGUCGCUGUCACCGUUUUAUUUCUGAUAAUACAAGUUCUGGCAGGGAGAGACUUCUACAACAUUUUGGGCGUGUCCAAGUCAGCCACAACAAAUCAGAUCAAGAAAGCAUACCGGAAGUUGGCCAGGGAGCUUCAUCCUGACAAGAACAGAGAUGACCCUGAGGCUGCAGAAAGAUUCCAGGAUCUCGGCGCUGCAUACGAGGUUUUGUCAGAUCAGGAGAAGAGGAAGGUGUAUGAUCGCCAUGGGGAAGAGGGACUCUCGAAAGGUGACAUGGGAGGAGAUCCCUUUUCCAGUUUCUUUGGUGACUUUGGCUUUGGGUUUGGUAUGAAGGAGCAAGAGCAAGAGGUUCCUAAAGGAGGUGAUGUCAUCAUGGACCUGGACGUCACGCUGGAGGAACUCUACUCGGGCAACUUUGUUGAGGUGGUGAGAUACAAGCCUGUUGCGAAACCUGCUAAAGGAACGAGGAAAUGCAACUGUAGGAUGGAGAUGGUGACACAGCAGCUGGGGCCAGGGAGGUUCCAGAUGAUGCAGCAGCAAGUCUGUGACGAGUGCCCAAAUGUCAGGUUUGUACCUGAAGAGAAGCUGUUAGAAAUAGAGAUUGAAUCUGGCAUGAGAGACGGGCAAGAAUAUCCAUUUGUUGCCGAGGGUGAACCUCAUAUUGACGGCGAACCAGGAGAUCUUAGAUUCAAAAUAAAACAAAUUAAACAUAAGAAGUUUGAGCGUCGAGGAGAUGACUUGUACACAAACGUGACAAUAUCAUUGGUGGAUGCACUUGCAGGGUUCGAGAUGGACAUCAAACAUUUGGAUGGUCACAAAGUUCAUAUUGUGCGAGACAAGAUCACCUGGCCUGGCGUCCGCAUGAGGAAGUCCAAUGAGGGGAUGCCCAACUAUGAGAAUAACAACGUUAAAGGAUCCCUGUAUAUCACGUUUGAUAUUGACUUCCCCAAAGGAACACUAUCAGAAGAAGUUCGAGCAGAUCUGAAGAAACUGCUGAAUAUGGAAUCAAAACAUACAGUUUACAAUGGGCUUCAGGGAUUUUGAUUGUUAAUAUAGUUAGGUGACAAAUAUUUUAUUUCCCUGCUCCUGUUCCCAUUGUUUGCAUCAACAGCUGGUGUUUACCUACAGAGGACAUUAUUUGUGAUGAAGCUGAAACCGAGUGGGGAUUAGGUGGGGAAGUGAUGUGUACCAUACAAGAAGGGCUGUUGUUUGUGUGAUAGAAGUCACAAUAUGGCUGGAAUAAUGCCAGUGUGAUGUUUUAACUCACACCAUCAUGAAAUGUACAACCAUUGUUUUCUGGUGGUUUGAAGUUACAGCUGCAGGAUCUUCUGCAAUGCUGUUAUAAAGUGAAGUAUUUUACUGUAAAUAUGUCAGACAUCAUGAUGAUACCCCAUGUUGUUGUUGUGUGUAUAUAAGAGCUAAACCAAAUGGAAACAAGUAUGUUUUUUUUGGGUCAAACACAUCAGCAAAAUUUGCUAAUGUAUUGAACAUGUUACCAUGGUGACUGAAUGUUGUGCUGAUGUUGGAGUGAGUGUUUCGUGAGCGUUGUGUCGUAUUGUUUGGCGGAAGUUUGUCUACAACAACAGCUUACAAUGAAUGUGAGAUUUUACCAUUGUUAAGUUUGCUGUAUUUUGGAUUUGUUCACAACUUUAUUAGUUGAUCUGCUGAAUCUGAUACUGCCACCAGCGCUUCAUCUUCAAACAUCAGUGUUCAGGAAUAGAUUCAUAUGCCAACCCUGAAAGUUUAAACAACCAUCAAAACUUUACACAUCACUUAACAUGGCACAGCAAGUAAAUGCAAUGUAGUUGUAUUCACUAUUUAAUUCACAGAUGGUUUGUGUGAGAAAUAAUGCAAAAUAUUUGUACCGUACAAGCGGUUUUGUGACUGAUUUUUUGUUUUUUUUGCUUGAAACAUCACAAAGUGUAGCUACUAAUACAUAUUUUGUAAUGUUAGUUAAUGUGGUUACUUCAGCACAGAAGCAGCAGCGCUCAUGUUGCUAUUGGUUAUAUCUGACGGGUCUGGCAGCAUGUACGUCCAGCCAAUGCUGCUUGUCACCUUGACGAAGGUGAUCUCUGCAGUUCAUUGAUUACAGUGCAGAAUUACUGCUUUAGACUUCUAUAUGGAUAACGGUAAAACAAAUUGCAUGUUUGACUGCUGAAGACAUUAAAAUUGUAGGUACUUAAGUUCAUAAAUUUACAUAAUCAUGUUAAAGAUGUCUGAUUUGAUAUCAAACAUGUCAGUACACGGUUACUGUGGGUAACAUCUCAUCUGUGUUCUGUGUACACAUAACUGGCUAAAGUCCAUUCCCAUUCUGUUCAGGCGGCAGCCAGUCUUGUAACUCAUCAUGCCGUUAUUAUUUAUUAUCUUACAAAACAUAUAUCAUAUACAAUAACAGUGCUCUCAAUGUUGUACAUAGAUUGUGAUGAUCAUUUUACAGCAGAAGAACAUUGUAACAUACAUUGAAAGUUAUUGGAGGGUGGGGUGGGAAUUUAGUUUUACUGUACUAUAUCUCAUAUGACCCUUGCCAGAUUGUAAGGAACUUAGGCAUGUUAGGUGUGAACCCUGAACAACAUGGACAUGUUGCUUCUGCUCAAUGUACACUUGGCCCUCUGAGGGUUUACAGGCCACCAUUCCCUGUAUUUGGAGAUGGGCGGUGGGGUACCCUAGGGGUUAAAGCGUUCGCCCGGGUUCGAUUCCCCACAUGGGUACAAUGUGUGAAGCCCAUUUCUGGUGUCCCCCGCCCUAAUAUUGCUGGAAUAUUGCUUAAAGCGGCAUAAAACCAAACUCACUCACUGUAUUUGGUGCAUAGAGAUUAGCUCAUGACUGUUCACAGAAAUCCAUGGUGUUUGGAUGUCCAGUAGUAAAACCGCCAGGACUGGCAGCAUUCAAAUCCUUGACAUGUGUGUUAAUGGAAAUGUAAGUGUAUUUUCUAGGUAAUUGGCGGGAUUGUUUGUUUUGGGUGUUGCUCGUAUUGGGUUUUUUGUCACACCUCUGCUGUAGCCAUAUCAUGGUCAGCCAAUAUUAAGUUCACAAUUGUAACUCAGACUGGAUGGGACCAAAUUUAUGUGAGAAUUCCUGGCUUUCUGAAAUGCCAGAGGUCAACAUUAUGUGCUUUUGAAAGUAGAUUUUACAAGUGGUAAUAUCAGCACAUGGUUUUGAUAUAAAAAGAAUUGGGAGACUGAUGUAUGAAUGCUACACUGAGAGAAAUAGAAGUAUUUCAAAUAUAA